UAACUUAUAACAAAAUGUCAAUCGUUUCAUUUUGGCAUUCCAAGAUUCAGUAUAAUAAUUUUAAUGCUACCUGUCGAAAGUAAAAACAUUUAUGAGCACGAUGAAAACAUAUUAACAUAUCAGAAGCGUUUGGAAGAAGAAAUUGCAAGUACAUAUAAAUUAAUUGGAGAAAAACAAAAAUUUGAAGACAUAUUUAAAGAUUAUGAUAAUGACCCUCUAUAUAUUGAAAAAUUAAAGGAGUUAUCUAAUAAAUAUGCCUUUAUAAGGAGAGUGCGAGGUGAUGGAAACUGUUUUUUUAGAGCAUUUGCCUUUUCAUAUUUUGAAUACCUUUCUAACCAUAAACUUCAAAUAGACAAAUUUCUAAGUGUUUGUAAAGAUUAUAAAUCACAAUUAAUCAAUUCUGGUACUUCAGACUAUAUUUUAGAAGAUUUUUAUCAAUCAGUUGAAACUUCAUUAAUCAGUAUCAGGGAUAAUUUACCAGAGGGCAAUUUAGAUGAAAUUUUUAAUGAUGAUGGCUUAUCAAAUUAUAUAGUAAUUUAUCUUAGACUUAUCACUUCAAGAUAUCUAAUAAAUAAUGCCGAUUUUUUCCAAAAUUUUAUCGAGGGUUAUGACAACGUAGAAAAUUUUUGCGCCCAGGAAGUGGAAGUUAUGAAUAGGGAGAGCGAUCAUAUACAUAUCUUAGCAUUAUCUUCGGCCUUAAGCGCAACGAUACUUAUAGAAUAUCUAGAUAGAAACUUAAAUCCUAAUAAUGCUGAUAACGAUGUUGACAAUAGCAGUAGUAAUCAGAUUUCUAUUAAAAGUUCUAAUCAACAUACCUUUGGAUCUGAUGGAAACGAUGAUUCACCAUCCCAAAUUUAUUUAUUAUAUAAACCAGGGCAUUACGAUAUAAUAUAUCCAAAAUUGACAUAAAAUUAUCUAAAAUUUGGUAUUUGUUUACAAAUGAUUU